AUGUAUCUGCACCAGUAUGCUCGCUCUGCGUCUCACUACGUGGCGACCUCCGGCUCCUGCAGAAACAGGUGUUUCGAGCUGGUUGAGUUGGAGCCGCCAAACUGUCGCUGCGACAACCUGUGUAAAACCUACAAUGGCUGCUGCUCAGACUUUGACCAGCUCUGCCUACGCACAGAGGGCGGUUAUGAAUGCAGUAAGGAUCGGUGCGGGGAGACUCGCAAUGAACAGCAUGCCUGCCACUGCUCUGAUGACUGUCUGGCCAGAGGAGACUGUUGUACCAACUACAAGAAGCUGUGCAAAGGAGACACCUCGUGGCUGCAGGAUGAUUGUGAGGAGAUCAAGGCUCCUGAAUGUCCUGCCGGGUAUGUUGAAAUCUUAGCAGUAAAGCAACAGGAGGGUAGCAGGUUGAACUUGGUUGAGCAAGGGCUGUACCCGGAGUCUCAUGGCAUCGUUGGAAACUCCAUGUAUGACCCGGGGUUUGAUGCAACCUUCACCCUGAGAGGCCGAGAGAAGCUCAAUCACCGCUGUGCCAUCCCUUUGGAGAGGAGGAUACUGACUAUGCUGCAGUGGCUUCACCUCCCUGAAGGAGAAAGGCCUUAUGUUUACGCCAUGCACUCUGAGCAGCCGGACACAUACGGACACAAAUUGGGGCCCAUGAGCAUUGAUCUGAACAUCUCUCUGAGGAUGAUUGACAGAAUUAUCGGCCAGCUCAUGGAUGGACUCAAGCAGAUGAAACUGCACCGCUGUGUCAACAUCGUCCUGGUCGGGGAUCACGGUAUGGAAGAGGCCCACUGCGAUCACACCGAGUUCCUCAGUAACUAUUUGACCAGCGUUGAUGACAUCAUCCUCGUCCCUGGGUCCCUGGGCAGAAUACGCUCCAGACAGCCCAACAACAGGAAAUGUAAGAAUAAAUGCAUACUGUCACAUUUAAAGUGUAAGAAAGCAGACCAGCACUUCAAACCGUACUUGAAGCAGCACCUGCCAAAGAGACUGCACUACGCCAACAAUCAACGCAUUGAGGAUGUCCAUCUCCUGGUGGACAGGAAGUGGCACGUUGCCAGGAAAGUCCCUGAAGGCAGGAGGCACUGUGGCUUUGCCGGAGAUCAUGGAUAUGACAAUAAGAUCAACAGCAUGCAGACUAUUUUCGUUGGCUAUGGGCCGACGUUUAAGUUCAAGACGAAAGUUCCAGCCUUUGAAAACAUCGAGCUUUAUAACGUAAUGUGUGAUCUUCUAGGUUUGAAACCGGCCCCUAAUAAUGGAACUCACGGCAGUCUGAACCACCUGCUACGAACCCCCCCGUACAGACCCACCAUGCCAGAGGAGGUGUCCAGGCCAACAGCGUCUGGUGUUGUACCUGCAGGAACAGACAGCUUGGGGUGCAGCUGCGACGAAAAGGUCAGCCACGAUGACUCAGACCUGAGCCCAACUUCCUGUCAGUCCCUAAAGGGAAUUCUGUUCUUCUAUUUUUCUAAACCCCUUAUAUUCUAUUUUUUUGUCUUUUUUUUAAUUUCUCAACUCAAUCAUAUCACGCCAUGUUCACUAAAGAUGGUUGUCCAGGAAAAUCCCAUGAGAUCAGCAGUUUUUGAAACUAUUUUCGUUGGCUAUGGGCCGACGUUUAAGUUCAAGACGAAAGUUCCAGCCUUUGAAAACAUCGAGCUUUAUAACGUAAUGUGUGAUCUUCUAGGUUUGAAACCGGCCCCUAAUAAUGGAACUCACGGCAGUCUGAACCACCUGCUACGAACCCCCCCGUACAGACCCACCAUGCCAGAGGAGGUGUCCAGGCCAACAGCGUCUGGUGUUGUACCUGCAGGAACAGACAGCUUGGGGUGCAGCUGCGACGAAAAGAACAAAGUGGAGGAGCUAAACCAGCGACUGAGGCAAGCUAUGGAUGACAGCAGGAACCUGCCGUUCGGUCGGCCUGCUGUCCUCUUCCGUACCAAAUACUGCAUCCUGCACCACAGCGACUACAUCAGUGGCUACAGUGAAACUCUGUCCAUGCCCGUCUGGACAUCGUACACUGCCAGCAGACAGGUAGAAGUGUCUCCUCUGCCUGAAGCUCUGUCCAACUGUGUGAGACCUGAUUCCAGAGUCCCUCCAGCUUACAGCCAAUCAUGUACCAACUACAGAGCAGAUAAACACAUCACGUACGCCUUUCUGUACCCACCACAACUGUCGUCAAAUCUGGACAAAAAAUCCGAUGCUGUCCUCAUCACCAACACUGUUCCCAUGUAUCCAGCAUUCAAGAAGAUAUGGGGUUAUUUCCAGAGAGUGUUGGUGAAGAAAUACGCCACUGAGAGAAAUGGAGUGAAUGUACUGACUGGACCCAUAUUUGACUACAACUAUGACGGUGUCAGAGACUCAGCUGAGAAGAUACGAGAGUAUAUAAGUGGUACAAUCCCAAUCCCCACUCACUACUUUGUGGUCCUGACCAGCUGCUUAGACUUCACACAAGCUACAGACUCGUGUAACGGACCGCUCAACAGCGCCGCCUUCAUCCUGCCGCACAGACCCACCAACGAUGAGAGCUGCAAC